UGACAGUUAUUUAGGCUUCCUUCCGUCAUUAAAUUUUAGCAGGUUUAUGUUUGUGGUUUCACCGUUGGCGUCGUCUCGUCGUUCAGAUCAGAGUUCCAAGAACUCUAUGGAGAUGCUGUGUUAAAAUUCACCUUUCAUAUAACCGCUUCUAACCUAGCAGUGGCCAGUCAAUCAGUCUGAUGUGCAUCUAAACAGAAGUGAAUUACAUUUCAUGUUGUAAUAAAAAUAAAUACCUUUGGAUUCUGGACACUAAGUGUGGAAAAAUGAGUUAUUCUAGUGAUGAAGUGAACUUUCUUGUAUAUCGCUACCUACAGGAAUCAGGUUUCCAUCACUCUGCAUACACAUUUGGUAUUGAGUCACAUAUAUCACAAAGCAAUAUCAAUGGCGCCCUAGUACCUCCUGCAGCUUUGUUAAGUAUCCUUCAAAAGGGUUUGGAAUACACUACAGCAGAAAUCACUUAUGGGGAAGAUGGCUCUGAAAUACGUCUCACUGAAAGCUUGAGCUUGAUUGAUGCCGUCAGUCCAGAGAUAAUUGCUGCUCGCCAAAAUGCUCAUAACACACAAAAACAAGCUAUUAGAGCAGAGCAGGGCACGGGAACUGAACAAAAUGGUGUUGAAGUCACAGCAUGUAACCCACCAGCGGCAACAGGGGGCGCGGCGACUCCGAGUGCUCCUGAGAACAUGGAAGUUGAUCAGUCCAUAGAAAUACCGGCCAGCAAGGCUACAGUCCUCAGAGGCCAUGAGUCUGAGGUGUUUAUUUGUGCUUGGAACCCCAGUACUGAUCUGUUGGCAAGUGGCUCGGGUGACAGCACAGCCAGGAUCUGGGAUAUGUCUGACAAUCCUGCUACGACUCCUAAUCAGUUGGUACUGAGGCACUGUAUCCAGAAAGGUGGCGCAGAGGUGCCCAGUAAUAAAGACGUCACUUCAUUGGACUGGAAUUGUGACGGUAACCUUCUAGCAACGGGAUCAUAUGACGGAUACGCCCGCAUUUGGACCACUGAUGGAACCUUGGCCUCCACAUUGGGUCAACACAAGGGACCUAUAUUUGCUCUGAAAUGGAAUAAACGCGGGAAUUACAUUCUGAGUGCAGGGGUAGACAAGACAACCAUAAUAUGGGAUGCCGCGUCAGGGCAGUGCACUCAGCAGUUUUCCUUCCAUUCUGCGCCGGCGCUGGAUGUGGACUGGCAAACAAACACAUCCUUUGCAUCUUGUUCUACAGAUCAGUGCAUCCAUGUUUGCAGACUCCAUGUUGAUAAGCCUAUUAAAAGUUUUCAGGGACAUACUAAUGAAGUCAACGCCAUAAAGUGGGAUCCACAAGGACAGUUACUGGCUUCCUGUUCUGACGACAUGACUUUGAAGAUUUGGUCCAUGAAACAAGAUACAUGUGUUCAUGACUUACAAGCUCAUUCAAAAGAAAUUUAUACCAUCAAAUGGUCUCCUACCGGUCCGGGAACACAGAAUCCAAAUAUGAAUCUUAUUUUGGCCAGCGCUUCUUUCGAUUCCACUGUACGUUUGUGGGAUGUGGAAAGGGGUGUGUGUAUACACACUUUAACAAAGCACACAGAACCGGUUUACAGUGUAGCCUUUUCGCCCGAUGGCAAGUUUCUGGCCAGUGGCUCUUUUGACAAGUGUGUGCAUAUUUGGUCGACACAGACCGGUGGGCUGGUACACUCGUACAAAGGCACAGGUGGCAUAUUCGAGGUGUGCUGGAACUCGCGAGGUACUAAAGUCGGCGCUAGUGCUAGUGACGGCAGCGUGUUCGUGUUAGAUUUACGUAAGCUAUAAGGAACGACACUCAGGGCUCGUUCCACUUGACGGUCGCGUCACCCAAGGCGGCGCACGCGGCAUUAACCAAUUUGUUUCCGGUGGUAUAAAAAAACCCGGCCAAGUGCGAGUCGGACUCGCGCACCGAGGGUUCCGUACUUUAAUAGUAUUUGUUGUUAUAGCGGCAACAGAAAUACAUCAUCUGUGAAAAUUUCAACUGUCUAGCUAUCACGGUUCAUGAGAUACAGCCUGGUGACAGACGGACAGCGGAGUCUUAGUAAUAGGGUCCCGUUUUUACCCUUUGCGUACAGAACCCUAAAAAGGAAUGGGGCGUAGCUACAGAUAGAUUGAAUAUUCCUACCCCCUUAUUCAUAAAACUUUACGGGCCUGAUUUUGGUAAAUUAUAAACGAAAUAAAUAAAUAGUUGAUUAGUAGCAUAGAGUAACUUAUACUAGAGCGGUACUGUCAUAGUAAAUUUUGUAACCCCAGUAAAUUCACUGCCAUCUGUCGACACACUUUAAAACUAAAAAUAAAUAUUUAUAAAAAUACAAUAAAAUGUAUUUAAAUAUGGAUAAAUGAUUUUUUUAUUUGCAUUAAUUAUUUUUAUAUGUUUUUGACCCAUGUUCUUUCACUGGUAUGCGUUAAAAUUAUAAAUAACAAACGAAGCAGUCAACGCCCUCUAUACGAGUGUAGGCCAAAACUAGUGGCGCCAUCUGAUCGAGAAUCAAUUUUUUUCCUUAGACUGUAUCCAUCUAUUACGGAGUUAUAUCUAUCUUUGUUAGUAGUGUGACUAUUUGUAAAAAACACGAAUUAAAAUAUUUUCAUAAGAAA